AUGCACACGUUGGAGACCCGCCUCAUCUCGCGCCGACUGGCCAGCCGUCGCGAGGGCCUGGCCACAGAGCAGUACACAUGUAUUCGACUCUACUCGGAAUCGGCACUUCUCGCAAUGCCCAUUUCAAAAGACUCGGAUAAGACCUCGCAGUCAGCCCAUGUACGUGUUUUCGACCGGCUGGCGCUGGGGGAGACAGAUCUCACUCGGGCCGGGUGGAGUCCGAGACUUCACCCUGAUGAUUUGGCCCGUGUUGCGCAGGACCUCGUGGUAUGGGGUCUCGUGGACGAGCAUGGCACUCUGACUGAGCGCGGCAAAUGCGUGAGUAGGAUUACAAUGAAGAUGGGCGACCACCCACUUGAGCCAAUCUGGGCCAAUGCCAUCUACGAAGCGUCAAAACUUGGCUGCAUGGACGAGGUCAUCACGAUUUCAGCCUUGUGCAGCAUCCAGAAGAAUGUUUUCCAGGACGUGGCCGGUAUGGAAAGAAUCGCCAGCAUCUCGCGCGCCAAGUUUGCCCACGGACCGUCGGAUCACCUCGCACUGCUCAACGCAUUCAUGCAGUACCAGCAGCUCGUCGACCGAGACGAGUCGCACGAACUGUGCAAAGUGUGGUGUCGCUUGCAUUUUCUAAAUUUCGGUGCGCUACAAGAUGCAUCUCAGCUGCGCACCACCAUCAAGACGGCCGCCUCUGGGCUUCGACCGGAGGACAAUACCAGGACGCAGAGCUCUACACCAGAGACAAACGAGAGCCGCACCGAAGCGAGCAGUGGAACUAUGAAAAGUGAAAGAGGCUUCUGCAGCGAGGAUGAUUGUUACAGCGCACCCGAAGAUCACGUCAAUGAUGAUGAUGAUCUGGGCGCACACGAACAAGAGCCUGACGAGGAGAUGAUCUCCGCGAAAAUGAAGGCCGAUCCCGGGAAACACGCCAACAUUCUCAAGGCCAUCACCCGCGCAUUCUCUACGCAAAUCGCCAUCUCGCUAGGCUCCGGAGACAAGUACUGCACCGUGGACACCAAUGUCACCGCAAUGCUGCAUGCCAGCUGUGCGCUCGUUGAUCUUCAGCCACAGUGGGUGGUGUACACGCAGCUCAGCAGGCGAUCACGCUUUCAAUUCCUAGAUAUUGUGUCUGUUGUUGAUGUGGACUGGUUGCUGGACCUGCCGAAUUUCCAGCCUGAUGCGCUGACGCGCGACAACGGCAAGAUUAGACAGGCCGCUGUCAAGGAUGCCCUCGACGCUGCGCGGGUAAAGGCUACGGCCGCACAACUUUCCAGGGCCCUGUGA